GUCUAUCUACAUCUCAAAACCAAACCCAAAUUAAUUGUAAAUGUCUUCAUUUUUCUUGUUAAUUUUUGUGAUUAUUCAAGCAUGGGCAAUGAAGGUAGAAGCCCAAAAAAACAUAUUUAUAUUAGCAGGACAAAGCAACAUGGGAGGAAGAGGAGGAGUAGUAAAUGACACGACAACCGGUGUCGCAACCUGGGACAGUGUUGUUCCACCUCAAAGUCAACCAAAUCCAUCAAUUUUAAAGCUCAAUGCACAUCUUGAGUGGGUUGAAGCACAAGAACCACUUCAUGAAGACAUAGAUACUCUAAAAACAAAUGGGAUUGGACCAGGAAUGGUGUUUGCAAAUCAUGUGUUGGAAAAAAACUUGGGAUUUGGUUUGGUAGGGUUGGUUCCAUGUGCAACGGGUGGUACCAAUAUUAGUGAAUGGGAAAGGGGAAAAGUGCUUUAUAAGAACAUGAUGAAGAGGGUUAAAGCAUCGUUGCUUGAUGAUGGUGGAAAUAUUCAAGCACUUCUUUGGUUUCAAGGGGAAACUGAUACGGUGAGUUUAAGUGAUGCACAAUCUUAUCAAACUAGAGUUCAUAAGUUUUUCUUGGAUGUUCGUGAUGAUUUGCAGUCUCCAUUGCUUCCCAUAAUUCAGGUGGCUUUGGCAUCAGGAUCAGGCCCUUACAUAGAGAUAGUGAGACAAGCUCAACUGGGUAUUGACCUCUUGAAUUUGAAAACUGUCGACGCUAAGGGUUUGCCUCUUCAGCCUGACGGGCUUCACCUUUCGAGCACUGCCCAGGUUGAUCUUGGAAAGAUGAUGGCGGAUGCAUUCCUUCAAUUUGUACCCUCUUCGAGUACAAAUCCAAAUAUAUAUCACAGUGUUAGUCCAAUACGUAACGAGGCCUCGCGUUCCAUUAGGGUUUCUAAUUGUGUUUCUCACAUGUAUAUGGUCCCCUUGUUCAUAACAUUUGUCACAGUGAUAACCCUAACUUUCCAUUGCUAUUACAAAAAACACAACCCCACGAAAAUAAAGAAAUAAGAUCAGACACCUAAAACUGCAAACCCCUGAGAGAUUGUAAAUUGUAAUCACGGUUGAUUUAAAUUAUAUUCAAAAUUUUGUGACA